UUCACUGAUAAAACGUACAAAAGCAAAACCGAACCAAUAUAAAGCACAGAGCAAACCAAACCAAAAUGCCAAAAAUAUGAAAUAACCAAAUUUAGAAAAAACCAAUGUGGAAACCCUAAAUUUAUAUUCAUUUCAUUUUUUUUUUUUUUUUGGGUUGUUGAGUCUUUUGGAUUCGAUCUUCGAAAAUGGAGGCUAUGACGGAGCUAUGCGAUUUGGUGGCGCAAAACCCGACCCAAUUCUCCGACAAGUUGUCGUGGAUUUGCAACGGGUGUCCGCAACCCGAUUCGCUCUUAUCCGGAUCUCCUCCUCGGGUCUCUCGCACUCAGCUCAAUGCCAUUCUCGCCGUCGCUCGCUUCCUCUCCAAAUGCUCCGAUUUGUCGGACCCCCGCCCCAAAUCGGUCGCGCUCGGGCUCCUCCGGGCUGUUCCGGCUUCGUUUUCGCCGUCGUUUUGGCCGCAGUCGUAUAGCACGGACUCGAUCGGUUCUUUCUUCGCCGAUUUCUUGAGAUAUGUGUCGAAAGCGGCCGAUUCGUCUCCCGAUUUCGCUUCCGAGAUCGCGGAUUUCUCCGGCGACGUCGUUUUGUGCUCGAUUGGCGAUAAUUCCGCGAUCUCUAGGGUUUUUCUUACCGCUCUGUCGCAGAAUUUCUUGCCGAUUUCGAAUUCCGACGCUGAUAGGCUCGUCACGUGCCUGAUCGAUCAGGUGGCUAUCGCGGCGGCGCCGGGGACUCCGAGAGAACAUGCUCCGGCGAAUAAUUCCGCGGCCUCGUCGGCGCAGAGCUCGCCUUUGAGUGCGAACGCGAACCAUCAUUACCAACAAAAUGAGAGUACGAGCCCGGGGAAUGAGGUUAGCCACUUGUCUGGCUCGUCGAGCUCGAGGGUCGGUGAUGAGGUGACGAGUGCGACGUCGUCGAAAGGAUCGGUGGUGAUGAAUGGUGGUAGCAGCAUUUUGUGGAAGAGUGGUGUUGAUCAGUUGGGUUUGAAUUUUGGGUUCAAUGAUGGAGUUGGAGGUGGAGGUGGAGGUGGAGCUGCUGUGUUUAGGCAACAAGUGGUUUCGUUCGAGGACGAGUCAGUUGAAAGCUUGGAGAAGCAAGAGAUUGCUUUCAAAUUGAUUGCACACAUUUUGGAUAAGGUACAUGUUGAUACCAGGGUUUUGGAGCAGGUGAGGUUGAUCACCAAGAAGCAGCUUCAAUCUCUGUCAGUUUUUCUAAAGAUUAGGAAGCGGGAUUGGAAUGAACAAGGGGCAGUUUUAAAGGCCAGAAUCAAUACAAAAUUGGCAGUUUAUGAGGCUGCUGCGAAGUUGCAAAUUAAGAGCGUUGCAGUCUUUGAUUCUGAUGGGAAAUCCACCAAAAGGUUGGUGCAUGAGGCAGUUGCGUUGUUGAUUGAUGCUGCUGAAGCAUGUUUGUUGUCUGUUUGGAGGAAGUUGAGAGUUUGUGAAGAACUCUUUGGUUCUUUGCUUGCUGGGGUCGCACAAGUUGCCGUUGCUCGAGGAGGUCAGCCACUACGUGUUUUGCUCAUCCGCCUUAAACCCAUUGCGCUGGCUGUUUGUGCACAGGCUGAUACUUGGGGCAGCAGCCAGGGAGCCAUGUUUCAGAGUGUCAUGAAGACUAGUUGUCAAAUAAUUGAAUCAUGCUGGACCAAGGAGCGGGCUCCUGUUGACACAUAUAUCAUGGGAUUGGCUACGAGUAUACGUGAACGAAAUGAUUAUGAGGAACAGGGUGAUAAAGAGAAACAGGCAGUUCCUAUUGUGCAGCUUAAUGUUAUACGACUAUUAGCUGACUUGAAUGUGGCAGUCAAGAAGUCCGAAGUGGUGGACAUGAUAUUACCACUUUUUGUUGAAAGCUUAGAAGAGGGUGAUGCUUCAACUCCUAGUUUAUUGCGACUCCGACUUCUUGAUGCUGUAUCUCGCAUUGCAAGUCUAGGGUUUGAGAAGUCAUAUCGAGAAACGGUAGUUCUGUUGACAAGAAGUUACUUAGGUAAACUUUCAAGUCUAGGAUCUGCCGAAAGCAAAACAGUGGCACCCGAAGCCACUACAGAGCGUGUUGAGACUCUUCCUGCAGGAUUUCUUUUGGUUGCUAGUGGUCUUACGAGUCCAAAAUUGCGUUCAGACUAUCGUCAUCGUCUGCUAUCUUUGUGCUCAGAUGUAGGCCUGGCUGCUGAAUCCAAAAGUGGAAGGAGUGGAGCAGAUUUUCUGGGGCCUCUGCUUCCUGCUGUUGCUGAAAUAUGUUCUGACUUUGAUCCUACUGUAGAUGUGGAACCUUCACUUUUGAAGUUAUAUCGCAACUUGUGGUUUUAUGUUGCCCUUUUUGGCUUAGCACCUCCCAUACAGAAGAUUCAACUACCAACAAAGUCAGUAUCCAGUACACUGAAUAGCGUGGGAAGCAUGGGUGCUAUUGCUCUUCAAGCUGUGGGUGGACCAUACAUGUGGAAUACACAGUGGUCUUCUGCUGUACAGCGAAUUGCUCAGGGGACUCCUCCACUAGUUGUUAGCUCAGUGAAAUGGCUUGAAGAUGAGUUGGAGCUUAAUGCUCUUCACAACGCAGACAGUCGUCGAGGGAGUGGCAAUGAGAAAGCUGCUCUGACCCAGAGAACUGCUCUUUGUGCGGCUCUAGGAGGUCGAGUUGAUGUUGCAGCAACGAGCACAAUUUCAGGCGUAAAGGCUACCUAUCUUCUCGCCGUAGCUUUUCUGGAGAUUAUACGCUUCAGCAGCAAUGGUGGCAUCCUUAAUGGUGGCACUACGGUGACUGCUUCUAGAAGUGCCUUCAGUUGUGUCUUUGAAUACCUAAAAACUCAAAAUCUUCUGCCAGCUGUCUUUCAGUGUUUGACAGCAAUUGUCCACAGGGCUUUUGAAACGGCUGUGCUGUGGCUGGAAGAUCGAAUAUCUGAUACAGGCGAUGAAGCUGAGGUCAGAGACUCAACUCUUGUUGCUCAUACCUGUUUUCUCAUCAAGAGUAUGUCCCGAAGGGAGGAACACAUACGAGAUAUCUCUGUGAACCUUUUGACUCAGCUUAGGGAUAAGUUUCCACAGGUUCUAUGGAAUUCAUCUUGCCUAGAUUCACUUAUGUUUUCAAUUCAUAAUGAGUCACCUUCUGCUGUUGUCAACGAUCCUGCUUGGAUGGUGGCAAUUCGUUCUUUGUACCAAAAGGUUGUUCGGGAAUGGAUUAUUAAAUCACUUUCAUAUGCUCCUUGCACUAGCCAGGGUCUUCUACAGGAAAAGCUUUGUAAGGCAAACACAUGGCAAAGAGCACAGCAUACAACUGAUGUGGUUUCUCUUUUAUCUGAGAUAAGGAUUGGAACUGGUAAAAAUGAUUACUGGGCAGGCAUACAAACAGCAAAUAUUCCGGCGGUCAUGGCUGCUGCAGCUGCAGCAUCAGGAACGAACUUAAAAUUAACAGAAGCCUUUAAUCUGGAGGUACUCAGUACUGGUAUAGUCAGUGCAACAGUGAAAUGCAACCAUGCUGGAGAAAUUGCUGGUAUGAGAAGGUUGUAUAAUAGCAUUGGUGGAUUUCAAUCCGGUGCUCCAACAGGCUUUGGGCUUGGGGGCCUUCAACGGUUGAUAUCUGGGGCGUUUCCUCAACAGUCACAGGCCGAGGAUGAUUUAUUUAAUGGGAUGUUGCUUACAAAGUUUGUGCGUUUACUUCAACAAUUUGUCAACAUUGCAGAGAAAGGUGGGGAAAUGGACAAGUCACAAUUUCGUGAAACUUGUUCUCAGGCCACUGCAUUACUGCUGUCAAAUCUGGGUUCUGAUUCAAAAUCAAAUUUAGAGGGCUUUUCACAACUUCUGCGUCUUCUUUGUUGGUGUCCGGCUUAUAUUUGUACCCCUGAUGCAAUGGAAACUGGUGUUUUCAUUUGGACCUGGUUAGUUUCUGCUGCACCUCAAUUGGGACCUCUUGUACUUGCUGAGCUUGUUGAUGCAUGGUUAUGGACAAUUGAUACAAAGCGAGGUCUUUUUGCAUCUGAAGCAAGGUGUUCAGGGCCUUCUGCAAAAUUAAGGCCUCACCUUGCCCCUGGAGAGCCCGAAAUGCAGCCUGAAACUGAUCCUGUUGAGCAAAUAAUGGCUCAUAGACUAUGGCUUGGAUUUUUUAUUGAUCGCUUUGAGGUAAUUCGACAAAAUAGUGUUGAGCAACUCUUGCUCGUUGGUCGGAUGUUACAAGGGACCACAAAACUCCCUUGGAACUUUUCAAGCCAUCCUGCAGCCACUGGUACUUUUUUCACUGUCAUGCUUCUUGGGCUAAAGUUCUGCUCAUGCCAGUCCCAGGGAAAUCUGCAAAAUUUUAAGACGGGGCUUCAGCUACUGGAGGACCGGAUUUAUAGGGCCUCUUUGGGCUGGUUUGCUUAUGAGCCUGAAUGGUAUGACAUGAACAACAUGAAUUUCACUCAGAGUGAGGCUCAAUCUGUCUCUGUAUUUGUGCACUACCUGUCAAAUGAGCAAGUUGAUACUCUUCAAUCUGAUUCUAAAGCACGGGGACGAGAAAAUGGAAGUUUAUUGGUUGAUGUGAAUGGUCAACAUCAUCCCGUGUGGGGCCAGAUGGAGAACUAUGCAGUGGGAAGAGAAAAACGAAAGCAGCUGCUUAUACUGCUUUGCCAGCAUGAGGCCGAGAGGCUAGAAGUUUGGGCUCAACCCCUUAACUCAAAGGAAAGUACAUCUUCCCGGCCUAAAAUUAGCUCGGAGAAAUGGAUUGAAUAUGCUAGGACAGCUUUCUCUGUAGAUCCUCGGAUUGCCUUUUCCUUGGGCUCAAGGUUCCCAUCAAACACAUAUUUGAAGGCUGAAAUAACUCAGCUAGCUCAGACACAUAUAUUGGACAUCCGUUGCAUUCCUGAGGCAUUACCAUAUUUUGUCACCCCAAAGGCAGUUGAUGAGAAUUCUGUACUUCUGCAACAAUUGCCACACUGGGCUGCCUGUUCAAUUACACAAGCUCUUGAGUUCCUCACUCCUGCUUAUAAGGGUCAUCCACGUGUUAUGGCAUAUGUUCUUAGGGUACUGGAGUCCUAUCCUCCUGAACGAGUAACCUUCUUCAUGCCACAGCUUGUGCAGGCUCUGCGAUAUGAUGAAGAGAAGUUAGUCGAAGGAUAUUUGCUUAGAGCAACUCAAAGGAGUGACAUAUUUGCUCAUAUUCUGAUCUGGCAUCUACAGGGUGAGGCGGUACCAGAAUCAGGGAAAGAUGCUGUCUCUGGAAAGAAUGGCUUUCAAGCACUGUUGCCAGUGGUUAAAGAUCGCAUUAUUGAUGGUUUUACUCCCAAGGCACACGAUUUGUUUAACAGAGAAUUUGAUUUCUUUGACAAAGUUACAUCAAUUUCUGGUGUGCUUUUUCCACUUGCUAAGGAAGAGCGCCGAGCUGGUAUCCGUAGGGAGUUGGAGAAAAUUGAACUGGAGGGAGAAGACCUCUAUUUACCUACUGCCCCUAACAAGCUUGUCAGGGGUAUUCGGGUGGAUAGUGGAAUACCCUUACAAUCGGCAGCAAAAGUCCCAAUUAUGAUUACAUUUAAUGUGGUAGAUCGGGAUGGGGACCACAAUGAUAUAAAGCCUCAAGCUUGCAUUUUCAAGGUUGGAGAUGAUUGUCGACAGGAUGUUCUUGCUCUUCAAGUGAUAGCACUACUUAGAGACAUAUUUGAAGCAGUUGGAAUUAACCUGUAUCUGUUCCCUUAUGGUGUUCUCCCAACUGGCCCGGAGAGAGGCAUAAUUGAGGUUGUGCCUAAUACACGGAGCAGAAGUCAAAUGGGUGAAACCACCGAUGGUGGUUUGUAUGAGAUUUUUCAACAAGACUAUGGGCCUGUUGGCUCUUCUAGUUUUGAAGCUGCCCGUGAGAACUUUAUCAUUAGCAGCGCUGGUUAUGCAGUUGCCAGCCUUUUACUUCAACCAAAGGAUAGGCACAAUGGGAAUCUUCUUUUUGACAAUGUGGGGAGGCUUGUUCAUAUCGAUUUUGGUUUCAUAUUGGAAACUUCGCCGGGUGGAAAUAUGCGUUUUGAAAGUGCACACUUUAAGCUGAGCCAUGAGAUGACGCAAUUACUAGACCCAUCCGGGACUAUGAAGAGUGAAACUUGGAACCUAUUUGUAAGUUUAUGCGUGAAGGGGUACCUUGCUGCCCGCCGAUAUAUGGAUGGGAUUAUAAACACAGUGAUGUUAAUGCUGGAUAGCGGAUUACCUUGCUUUAGCAGGGGUGAUCCCAUUGGAAACCUUCGCAAGAGAUUUCAUCCUGAGAUGAGUGAGCGCGAGGCAGCCAACUUCAUGAUCCGUGUGUGUACAGAUGCUUACAACAAGUGGACAACUGCAGGCUAUGACUUAAUACAAUAUCUGCAACAGGGUAUCGAGAAGUAGAUUUCUGGAGUUUGACUCACUUGUACAUGUUUGCUUGUAAUUCUAUCAUAUUUAUUGUCAUAUAGUAGCGAUUUUUCCUGGGGGAUGCCCACUUUCGUAGCGUUGAGGUGAGUACAGUACAAAAAAAAAAAAAAAAAAACGGCAGACACUGAAUUGAGUUCUUUGUAACCUAGAGGUGGGAUUCCUCCCAAGGUUUGUAAAAAUAUAGUUUGUAGUUGAUAUUUAUUAAUGAAAUUAGCAAAAUUUAUUCUGUUGAUUGGCAAACAAACAUGUUUGAAGCAGAUGGACAACAGGAUGGACUUGUUUAAACGUCUGUGCUGCUUGUUUUCUUGUAAUGUAAUUUUUAUUUUUUGGUU